GCCACCCAGUUCUUCCCUGCUAUUUGUUACAUUGCUCUCAGAGUCCUACACUACAAGGUUGCAGGACAGAGCCACAAGUACCAAGGCUGACCAGAAACAGGAUUAUUAAGAUGGAGAAGUAUUAUUCCUUCGUGGUCAUUUUUUGUGCUGUCUUCCUGCCCAAGGCCCUUGGAUUUCCAUACAAAGAUGUUUCAAUAGAUUGUUUCUCCAUGUUGCCGAAUUGUGGAGGAGGACCACAGACAUCUACUCCACCUUAUGUCGUCUCUGUAUCAUUUGAUAGAUACGAUCCAGGAAAUGAAAUACAAGUGACUCUAGAAGGAACGUCGUCUGCUGGAUUCACAGCAUUUAUGGUACAGGCUCGGGAAAUUGAUGGCAAUGUUCCCGUUGGCAUGUUUCGCAUCAGGGAUCCAAAUACGCAAGGCUACCCAUGUGCCAACAUGACGAAUUCAGCAGUAAGUCACACGAAUCCCAGCGUAAAACGCAAAGUCACAACUACAUGGGUUGCUCCUCAGGGUACGAAUAAGAUUCGCCUUAUGGCUACUUUUCUUCAAGAUUAUGAUACCUAUUGGGUUGGCGUUCAUAGCAAAACUCUCUCACCCAGAUUUUCAGAAGUGGCUAAUAUUUCCAAACCCAUCAAUGAUUCCAAACCCAUCAGUGAUUCCAAACCCAUCAAUGUUUCAAUGGCAGCCAAUAGCUCAGACCUAGCCAAUGAUUCUGUGGCAUCAACAGUUUCUGAUAUUACCGAUGAUUCUGAGGAGUACGAUGACGAUUUUGAUUUCAAUACCCUCCUUGGUGACACUGAGGCAGUUUAUGACAAUGAGAUACCUGUUGAUUCUGAGGCGACGCCGGACUCCAGAACAGAAAAUGCCACAGAAAAGAGCAGGAGGAAGUCCGUUCUGACUGUGAAUGUCAACUGUGGCGAGGCUGGAGCAGUACAGUCAAGCAGUGGUGGUUGUGUCAAGAGUACACAAGGAUCAUCGCAGAGCAGUGGCAGUGAAGCCAAGGUCAUAGUGGUCAAAGAAGGAAGCAGCAGUGGAAGCGGCUGUGGUGGGGGAGGAGUUGCAGGCGUGUACAACAAAUUUGGCUGCAGAGAUAAUGCAGCUGCUUCCGGCAGUCAGUCUUCAUAUGGCCAGUCGGUUUCCACCAGCAAAGUAAAGGUUGUGACCUACCCAGACAGCAAACCUUUCCCACCUGAGCGUGAUUCUACUUAUCCAUCGAAAAUUGCUAACGCUGGUGGAAUAAUCUAUUCCCAGGGUUCCAGACCUCAAGGUGGUUCAUCAGAAACUGUUCGUAUUACCGUACAGGAGGGUGGGAAAGGUGGUCCGGCUUGUGAUAAGACUUCAUCCUCCUAUAACGUCAAGAUUUGUAAUCAGAACCAGCUUUCAAACUCGCAGAGUACCAGCUCCUUCGGCGGCACACAGGGUUUGAAACCUCAGGGUGGCUCAUCAGAAACUGUCCGUGUUACCAUCCAGGAGGGUCGGCCUUCAGGAUCACAGGGCGGUAGCUCUGUUAGCAUACAGGGGGGUCAGCCUUCAGGAUCACAGAGCGGUAGCUCUGUUAGCAUACAGGGCGGUCAGCCUUCAGGAUCACAGGGCGGUAGCUCUGUUGGCAUACAGGGCCAGUCUUCAAGCUCACAGGGCAGCAGCUCCUCUGGCAAACAGCAGGGUGGAUCUUAUUCAGCCGGUGGCAGUCCCUGCGGCAAGGGGAUUACAUAUGACAGCAAUCCCUGCAACCAGGGCCAAGCAUCACCGCCUUCAUCAUCAUCAUCUUCAUCAUCAUCAUCUUAUUCAUCGUCGUCUUCUUCACAAAGCACCUAUGGCCAGGGUGGCUCACAAUAUCAAGGCAACCCCAACGCUUGUCCUCCGGGGAUAGAUACUUCUUCCUACAACAAAAACAGAUGCUGAGUGCAAUAAAGUGUUGAAACAGGAAACCGGUCUGGAGAGGAAGAAUAUAAUUCAAUAGUCACGAGAGCAACUGGAAUUUCUCAAAGUUCAAAUACAUUGCAAAAUUACCUGUCUGCGAGACACCUCCCUGACACCUCACGCUGCAGAACAGAAAUGUUCGUGUUUUCACAAGUCAAAACCAGGAGUCGUGAAGUGAAAUAAAAACAACUUUUUCCUUAAAA